AUGCUGGAAGGAAAAGCUGUUGUGCGCGAAACAGAUAUGCCAACUCUCAUGCAGAGUCAUGCCAUGGAAUUGGCUUACAAGGCUCUUGAUCUACAUGAAGUUUCUGAUUGUCGAUCCAUUGCUCAUUAUAUCAAGCAGAAAUUUGAUGAAGCUUAUGGUCCCGCCUGGCACUGUGUUGUGGGCAAAGACUUUGGAUCUUGCAUCACGCAUUUGUGCGGAAGUUUCAUUUUCUUCCAUGUGGAGAUGAUGGAGUUUCUCAUAUUCAAAGAUGGCACAGACUCUUGUAAAAGCAGGGAAGAGGCUAUUGGGGUUCUGCAAAAUGGAAGCUUAUCAGAUUAG